GCCGCCAGCUGUGGACAGGUGUGCAGCCGCAGCGGCCAGCUGCUGACGGGGCUUCCUCCUGAACGUCCUCUGACCGCGCGGAGACAAACUCUCACCUUCCAUGAACGCUCCCCGGGUCAAGUCGGGAGCAGCCGGGAUCAUGACAGCCAACGAGUCGCAGAGCAUCCUGUGUUACCAGAGGCCAGAUGAGGAGGUGGUGGUGGACCAGGGAGGAACCAGCUCAGUGUUGAACAUUCAUUAUGAGAAAGAAGAACUGGAAGGUCACAGGACUUUGUUUGUGGGGGUCCGGAUGCCGAGGCAGAGCCAUCGUCACCACAAGGCCCACAGUUCCCGUCACCGCAGGAGAGACAGGAGGGCAGGAAGCAUCACAACACAACAAACUGAGGGCAGUGAGACGACUGCCAGCAGUCAUGACACUCCGUCCCAGCGGGUCCAGUUCAUCCUCGGCACAGAGGAGGAUGCUGAACACGUGUCUCACGAGCUGUUCACAGAGCUGGACGAGAUCUGUGUGAAGGAUGACAAGGAUGCUGAGUGGAAGGAAACAGCCAGGUGGUUGAAGUUUGAGGAGGAUGUGGAGGACGGAGGGGAGAGGUGGAGCAAGCCCUACGUUGCUACUCUUUCCCUCCACAGCCUGUUCGAGCUCCGCAGCUGCAUCAUCAACGGCAGCGUGCUGCUCGACAUGCGUGCAGACUGCAUUGAAGAGAUAGCAGACAUGGUGCUGGACCACCAGGAGGCUUCCCAUGAACUGGACGACAGUGUGAGAGUGAGGGUCCGCGAGGCCCUGCUGAAGAGACACCACCACCAGAACGAGAAGAAGAAAAACCUGAUCCCAAUGGUUCGCUCCAUCACAGAGGGAACACGCAAACCGUCAGAGCCUCAAGGCAUCGGGCCAGCUACAUCUCCGCAGCCUCCUCCACCUGCCGAACCAGCCAAGAACGGUGCUGCACCGGACAGCAGCCAACCGGACCUCAGUAAGGUCGACCUUCACUUCAUGAAGAAGAUUCCAGAGGGUGCAGAGGCCUCCAAUGUUCUGGUUGGAGUACUGGACUUCCUAGAGAGACCCAUUGUGGCAUUUGUCCGUCUUUCCCCUGCUGUCCUCCUCACCGGACUCACUGAGGUCCCCAUCCCCACCAGGUUCCUCUUCAUCCUUCUGGGCCCUGAUGGGAAGGAGCAACAGUACCAUGAAAUUGGACGCUCUAUGGCAACCAUCAUGACAGAUGAGAUCUUCCAUAAUGUAGCAUACAAAGCAAAGGACAGAAGUGACUUGUUGGCAGGGAUUGAUGAGUUCCUGGAUCAGGUGACGGUGCUGCCACCAGGAGAGUGGGACCCUUCAAUUCGUAUUGAGCCCCCAAAGAAUGUCCCUUCUCAGGAAAAGAGGAAAAUGCCAGGAGUCCCUAAUGGUACAGCCGUGCAGGUGGAGGAACCCCUACAUGCAGAACACCACGGCCAAGAGCUUCAGAGAACUGGAAGGUUGUUUGGCGGCCUGAUCCUGGACAUUAAGAGGAAAGCUCCGUUCUAUCUGAGCGACUUUAAAGAGGGUCUCAGCCUCCAGUGUGUGGCCUCGUUCCUCUUCCUCUACUGUGCCUGCAUGUCUCCUGUCAUCACCUUCGGGGGGCUGUUGGGAGAGGCCACAGAAGGACGAAUUAGCGCCAUAGAGUCCUUACUCGGUGCGUCCAUGACUGGAGUUGCCUACUCGCUGUUUGCCGGUCAGCCUCUCACCAUUCUGGGCAGCACAGGUCCUGUACUGGUUUUUGAGAAAAUCCUCUUCAAAUUCUGCAAAGACUACAAUCUGUCCUACCUGUCUCUGCGGGCCUGCAUCGGCCUGUGGACGGCCCUGCUGUGUUUGGUAUUAGUCGCUACAGAUGCCAGCUCUCUGGUUUGCUACAUCACUCGGUUCACAGAGGAGGCCUUCGCCGCACUCAUCUGCCUCAUUUUCAUCUACGAGGCCCUGGAGAAACUGUUCCACCUGGGAGAACUGUACCCUUAUCACAAAACCAGCGAUCUGGACAAACUCACGCUGGCAUACUGUAGGUGUGCGGAGCCUGAUAAUCCCAGUAAUAAAACGUUAGGGUUGUGGAGCGAGAGAAACAUCACAGCCUCUGCUGUACCCUGGGCCAACCUGACCGUCAAGGAGUGUAUGAGUCUGCAGGGCGACUUUGUUGGGACAUCAUGUGGUCACCAUGGCCCUUACACCCCAGAUGUUCUCUUCUGGUCCAUCAUCUUGUUCUUUUCAACGUUCUUCCUGUCUGCCUUCCUCAAACAGUUUAAAACCAGUCGUUAUUUCCCCACCAAGGUGCGGUCUAUGAUCAGUGACUUUGCAGUGUUCCUCACAAUUGUCCUAAUGGUCCUGCUUGACUUUGCUGUUGGAGUGCCAUCCCAGAAGUUAAAGGUGCCGAGCAAAUUCCAGCCUACCAGAGAUGAUCGUGGGUGGUUGAUCAAUCCGAUAGGACGUAACCCAUGGUGGACCACCUUGGCUGCCUGUAUUCCUGCUCUCCUUUGCACCAUCCUCAUCUUCAUGGACCAACAGAUAACCGCUGUCAUCAUCAAUCGCAAAGAGCACAAACUGCUGAAAGGUUGUGGGUACCAUCUGGACCUGCUGAUGGUAGGGGUGAUGCUGGCUGUGUGCUCCAUCAUGGGCUUGCCAUGGUUCGUAGCAGCCACCGUGUUGUCCAUCUCUCAUGUGAACAGCCUGAAGCUGGAGUCGGAGAGCUCAGCUCCAGGGGAGCAGCCUCGCUUCCUGGGCAUCAGAGAGCAGAGGCUCACCGGCCUGCUCAUCUUCCUGCUCAUGGGCUGCUCGGUGUUCAUGACUGGAGCCCUGCAGUUUAUUCCCAUGCCCGUGUUGUAUGGAGUUUUCCUUUACAUGGGAGCCUCUUCAUUAAAAGGCAUCCAGUUCUUUGACCGUCUGAAACUUAUCGGUAUGCCUGCGAAGCAUCAGCCAGAUUUCAUCUAUCUGAGACACGUCCCUUUGAGGAAGGUUCACCUGUUCACCAUCACCCAGCUCAGCUGCCUGGUUCUGCUCUGGGUCAUCAAAACGUUGCCUGCUGCGAUCAUUUUCCCCAUGAUGGUGCUGGCUCUGGUGUUCAUCCGUAAGCUGCUGGACUUGUGCUUCUCUGAACGAGAGCUGAGCUACCUGGAUGACUUGAUGCCCGAGUGGAAGAAGAAAAAACUUGAUGACGAUGCAUCUAAAACGAUGGAGGAGGAAUCGCUGGUCAUGCUCAAUUUGAACACGGAUGAUACGACAACCGUUCAGAUUCCCAUGGAGAGCAAACCUGUUCAGCGAGUGCACGACCCCAGGUGUGAUCCCUCUGAUAUUAACAUAUCGGAUGAAAUGUCUAAAACCACUGUGUGGAAAUCCCUCAACUCCAAUCACAAGGAUAUUCAACCUGUAGCUGCUAAAAAGGAUUGA